GGAGCCGAAAGCAAGGGCCGCCAACAACGCCGGCCAUGGUGGUCUCUGUCCCGUCGCGAACCGCCGAGCCGCUCGCCCGGCGCGAGUACGUCCGCCGCAAGGUCCGCCUAUCGGCACCCAAGCCGCUGCCUAUCAUCUCUGUCGACGUCUCGCACCAAGUCGGAGGAGGGGCCAGUGGCGGCGGCGGAAGAAGUCCGGCGCGUGCUCCGUUGACGGCGCUGCUCCGCUCUCAGGAGGCGCAGGCCGAGCUGGACGCCCUCAACGAGGAUGCGCUAUGGAAGCACCACUUUCGCGCAGAUCGAUACGUGGCUCCGCAGCUCUCGCCAGAGGCCCGGGCACGGCUUGAGUCGCGUUCGCGCGUCCGCACUUCAGGCGCUGCGUUGCGAGAGACCCACGAGCGCCAUCAUCGGUCGCAUCGCGCAAGGACAGAGGAGCAGCGCCUGGCGGUCAUCGGCGCGAGCUCGGCGUCACUGACCCGCGGGUUGGCGGCAGCCCAGAGCUCGACGGCGUUUGCUCUGCCGCCGACGCCGGCUUCAGACCGACAAAACUCGAUCUACUCACCGCUGACAUCGGACGAGGGCCUGGCGCCGCCGAGCUCGUAUGCUCACGCCAUGCCGAGCGAGGUGCCAGCCCACGCGGCCGACAAGCGCACCCGCCAUGGGGCGGGCAAGGCCUCCCGGGCCGCCAAGUUUGCGGCGCCUCUUCAUGCCGAUGAGGUAUACUAUCCGUCUUACUCGUACUACGUAUACUCGAUGUCUGGCUCGGACGAUGGGCUACGCGGGUAGGACCGCUUCCGAGAGACCAGCGGCGGCGAUGGCGUUGGUGACGGCGGCUAGCGACGGAGCGGGCCGAGUCAGUUGGACGACGGCAACAGCGACGCCAGCGUCGACGCUGGCUGAGAAGGUG